AUAGAGCUUUUGCGCAGGCUUGAAAUGAGUGAGUGCGUUAUUACACUGCUGGUGGGAAGGGCUCCGGAUGUUUCUUUAAAAUAAAUUUCUGUACGGUUCAUUUGCCAAAAUCAAAGCGAGGCAGCGGGCUAUCACAACGUGCAGUUAAGCUCAAUAGCGACACUGGAAAAGCUCCUCAAAAGAACCUGCCUACAGCUGGUGUCAAUCCCUCAAGUGCAGCCCUGUCUGGUCUGUUGGUCUAAGACCUGUCUGUGGCUCAAGUGACUUCUGCACUGUGAUUGGUGCCUGAACUUGAUGUGGUGUCGGUUUCCCCCGGCGAUGUGCUGAGCUUUGUCUGGUGCUGCUUGGCCUGCCUGAGGUGACAUCACUGGCCACCAUCGUCACAGCGGGCAUCACAAGUCUAUACAAAACACUUGUGAACUUAUUGGAUGUUUAACCCUGCGGAUUGAUUGGCUGUCUCUGCGUGCUGCGGCUGCCUUCCUUGGCCCAGACCUGUCUGCUAUUGGUUGCUGGGUUGGGUAGUGGGAGAUGGAGCCUGUGCUCGCCUGUGGGGUUGCGGCCAAGUUGAGGAGCCAGUGGGACCGUGCAGAGGGCCUGGGUCAGAACGACCGGGCCCUGAAGUUCCUGGGCCAGGACUUUGGGUCCCUGCAAGCCGAAUGCCUCCGCAACCGCUGCCUCUUCCAGGACGAGGCCUUCCCGCCACAGGCCUCCUCGCUGGGCUUCAAGGAACUUGGGCCACGCUCCUCGAAAAUACAGGGGGUCGACUGGAUGCGCCCCACGGAGUUAUGCUCAAAUCCCCAGUUUAUUGUGGAUGGUGCAACUCGCACAGAUGUCUGUCAAGGAGCUCUUGGUGACUGCUGGCUUCUGGCAGCCAUUGCAAGUCUGACCCUGAACGAAGACCUGCUGCAUCGUGUGGUGCCACAUGGACAGAGCUUCGACCGAGACUAUGCUGGAAUCUUCCACUUCCAGAUCUGGCAGUUUGGCGAGUGGGUGGACGUGGUGAUUGAUGACCGACUGCCCGUGAAGGACGGGAAGCUACUGUUUGUCCACUCUGCUGAGGGGGCGGAGUUUUGGAGUGCCCUUCUGGAGAAGGCCUAUGCCAAGCUGAACGGCUGCUAUGAGGCCUUGUCGGGCGGCAGCACAUCGGAAGGCUUUGAAGAUUUCACAGGGGGGGUGACGGAAAUGUACGAGCUGAAGAACGCGCCCCCUGACCUCUACAGCAUCAUGGGCCGAGCUGUGGAGCGGGGAUCUCUGCUGGGCUGCUCCAUAGAUAUCACCGGCAUGUUCGACAUGGAGGCGGUGACCUUUAAAAAGCUGGUGAAAGGCCACGCCUACUCCAUCACUGGGGUUGAUGAGGUGACGUUCAAGGGGAACCCCACGAAGCUGGUUAGGAUCCGAAACCCAUGGGGCGAGGUGGAGUGGACGGGGCCCUGGAGUGACAACUCGAAGGAGUGGGGCUCCGUGGACCAGGCUGUGAGAGCUCGACUGUACAACCGCAGUGAAGACGGAGAGUUCUGGAUGUCUUUCAGCGACUUCCUGCGGGAGUUCAGCCGCUUGGAGAUCUGUAAUCUGACCGCAGACGCACUGCAGUCGGCCGAGUUGAAGAAGUGGAGCUCCGCGCUGUACCAGGGCGAGUGGAGGAGGGGCAGCACUGCCGGGGGCUGCAGGAACUACCCUGCAACAUUCUGGAUCAACCCUCAGUUUAAGGUGGAGCUGCAGCACCCCGACACCGAGGGCCAAUCAGACUGCAGCUUCGUGCUGGCGCUGAUGCAAAAGGAUCGUCGUCAGAAACGCAGGGAGGGGAAGGACAUGGAAACAAUAGGAUUCGCUGUUUAUGAGGUCCCUCAGGAGUUUAAGGGCAGGGCGGCUGUGCACCUCAAACGGGACUACUUUCUGGCGCACGGCUCGAAAGCCCGCUCUGAGCUGUUCAUCAACCUGCGGGAGGUGAGCUCUCGCCUCCGUCUUCCAGCCGGCGAGUACAUCGUGGUGCCGUCCACAUUCGAGCCCCAGAAGGAGGCCGACUUCGUGCUGAGAGUCUUCUCUGAGAAGCCGGCCGACUACCAGGAACUGGAUGAUGACGUCACAGCUGAUCUUCCUGAGGAGUCCCUGUUAGAUGAGAGCCAGAUUGAUGAGGGUUUCAAGAAUCUCUUCAGACAACUGGCUGGAGAGGCAAUGGCGAUCAACACCCCAAAACUGCAGAUUAUUCUCAACAGGGUCACCAGCAAGCAUAAAGACCUGAAGACCAAAGGCUUCAGUAAAGAGUCGUGCCGCAGCAUGGUUAAUCUCAUGGAUACGACGGGCAGCGGGACGCUGGGAAUGGCCGAGUUUCACGUGCUGUGGGAGAAGAUCAAGCGCUACCUGGCGAUCUUUAGGCAGUUUGAUGUGGACAAGUCUGGCACCAUGAGCUCCUACGAGAUGCGUAUGGCCCUGCAGUCUGCAGGGUUCAAACUGAACAACCACCUGUUCCAGCUGAUCAUCCUGCGGUACGCAGAGCCCGAGAACCUAAACGUCGACUUCGACAGCUUCCUCACCUGUCUAGUCCGCCUGGAGACCAUGUUCAAGACCUUUAGAACCAUGGACACCAACGCGGAAGGAGUCCUCUCCCUGAACUUCAUCCAGUGGAUUUCUCUGACCAUGUUUGCCUAGACGGCUGGACUCACCUCCUGGAGCCCUGCUAUCUCUUAAACUGCCCCACCUCACCCCACUACUUACAACGUGCCUUUUUAUUAUAGUAAUGCUGGUACCAGGUGGUCGAUGCGGGGGUGGGGGUGGGGAGGGGGUUGGGGGUUUCAAAUCCUUGCAUGUUUCCUGCAAGACUGCCUUUAUAUUUAGCUGUGAUAAGCAUGCCAAGAUAUUCUUCCUGUAACCUGUAACCGUUAACCCCUUGUGGCCUAAACCCGCUGCUACGGCAAACAGCUCCCGAAGAGAGAUGCAACUGGCUCCCCAAGGUUCAAGACCCAGCUCAGGGAACGGAUCUAGCCAUCUAGACACCAGGGGGCGACAUCACUUCCUGUGAAGGACUCCAGAGCCCCUUUCCGGAGCUCUGCUGCAUAAAAAGUGCAUUUUAUAAAAAUACUGUUAUACACAUACUGUUUAUCUACACAACCUUUCUGUGAGCAUCGCCGUAUUCUGUGAUAGAAACGUGUCUGGUGCUUAUUACUUUUGACAAGAAUGAAUAACUAAAACUCUCAGAAAAUGAAAUCUUUUUUUAAUGAAA